GAAGGGGGCAUAGUCUCUGACUUUCUUCCAUAACCAAAAUCACCCCCAUCUCUCCACCCUAUAUAAACCACCCGACACAAACAAAUCCCCUAAACCCCAAAUCCCAAAUCACCAAAACAGACAAAACCUCAAACCUUCAAAACCUCUGACAUGAGUUUUCUGGUCGGAAGAAUAGCGGCAGGCAAAGAAGGCGCAUACUUCUUACAAGAAUCCAAACACGCCGUCGGUCGUCUCGUUGAAAAAACCAACAAAUCCCCCACCAACCCUCCUCCUCCGGCGACCACAAUUCAUGAAACCACCGGUGCCGAUGUUCUUCCGGAGAUUCUGAGGCACAAUUUACCCACCAAAAUGUUUCAACCACCGUCCGCUUCGACUCUGUCAACUGGGUCCAAGUGGCUUCUGCAGGCUGAUGAAAACAAUGCUGUUUCUUAUGUGUCUCGUGAUGCUAUUAACCCGCUUAGGGCUUACGUCUCACUUCCUCAAGUCACUUUUGGACCCAAAAGAUGGCAGCUGCCUAACUCAGAGAAUUCAUUUUCUGCUUCAACUGCCAAUGAACUGCGUACUGACAAGUAUACCCCCGUUAAUCCUGAGAAGUUGAAGGCCGCAGCUGUCGGAUUGUCACAAAUUGCAAAAGCGUUUGCUGCUGCCACCGCUCUUGUCUUUGGCGGGGCCACGUUGACUAUUGGACUUGCAGUCUCACAACUCGAGCUACAUACAACGGAUGAUAUUCGAACUAAAGGAAAGGAUAUUGUCCAGCCAAAAUUCGAAUCGAUUAAGGAGCGAGUGACCCCAUUAAGAACUUGGGCAGAAGAUGUAGCUAACAAAUGGCAUAUAAAGACAGAGGAAGACAUCAAAGAGAAGCCUUUGAUUAAGGAGCUUUCAAGAAUGAUGGGUGCCAAGAGAUCUACCUAACUGAUAAGUCAAAAUUCACAUUGUUUUCCAUGAUGUUAUAUAUCUAUAUCUAUAUAUGUAUGUGUAUCAGUGUGUGUGCUGUUGUAAAAAGGUAAAAUAAAUAAAUAAAUAAUAUAGUCAAUCUUGUAUUACAGGUUUACAUUUAUUAGAAAGCAAUGGUUAAUAUA